GCGACACGUGACUCAUGUGUACCAAUAUCUUAGCAAUAAUCAUUCCUAUACGCUGGAAAUGAAAAAGAUAUAAUUUUAUGAUAUAGUUGAAUUAAAACAUCUCUUUAAGUUAAAAAUAAAAUUAGAGAAUGCCAUAUCCUAAUUCGCCAUUUCCAGAAGACUUUGAUGAAGGCAUUUUAUUCCAUUUGAAGAACGAUGAUGAAAUGACACUGAUUCAAAAUGAUAUGAAAAAAGUAUUAAAAUGGAUAUGUCUAGCCCCUAAUUUAACUACAAUAAGAAUAAAUACGUUAAAGACAUCAAGAGAUGCCGUUUAUAAGAAAGUUGAAGCCCAUCUCAAAACUAUUAAUUCAAAAUAUUCAGGAAUUCUUCAGUAUUUAGAAUCGUUUCCACAAGUUAUUUUGUUACUUCAUCAAGACAUUGAAGGGAAGAUAUUUGAAAAAUAUGAAAAGGAAAUUAUAGUUGAUGCAGACUGUGGAGCUGCAGUUCUCAGAGGUGCUCAUAUAUAUGCUCCUGGUAUAUUGGGAAUGAUGAUUGGUUCUUGUGUGAACGAUAAUGUUAGUAUUUAUGUCGAUUUGGAUAAGAAAUGCAAGAAAGGAUUUUCGAAAGUAUUUACAGAUGGAACAAAAAUAUUUAUUGCAAAUGGAAUAAUUAAAAUGGCACGACAUGACCUGUUUGGAAAAGAGAAGUUGCCAAAAGGAAUUGCUGUAGAAAUAACCGAAACAUUGUCUGGAUGUCCACCAAUUGGAGAUAACUUUUUACCAGCUGGAUGGGGCCUUCUACAAAACUUUCCAUCGAUUGUUUGCGUGAACGUUUUAAAUCCUCAAAAGCACGAAAUCAUUUUAGACAUGUGUGCCGCACCAGGAAAUAAAACAACAUAUAUUGCAGCGCUAAUGGAAAAUACAGGCUCUAUAAUCGCGAUAGACAAGACGCCAAAUAAAGUACAACAACUAAUUAAAACGUGCGAGGAAUUUGGAGCCAAUGUUAAAGUAUAUCAAGCUGAUUCAACAAAAAUCUUAAAUAAUUCUCAAAAUCAUUCCGUACAAGAUCGAUUAGAUAUGGCACCUCCGUUUUUCGAAAAAAGUUUUGACAGAAUACUAUUGGAUGCACCAUGUAGUGCGUUGGGUAGAAGGCCUCAGUUGUCAAAUAGGACUUCAGUAAAAGUGAUAAGAUCAUAUGUUCCUUUACAGAGAAGACUUUUUGAAACAGCUGUAUCCCUUUUGAAACCGGGCGGUACACUUGUCUACAGUACUUGUACUAUAACUUUAGCAGAAAAUGAAGGUAUUGUUGCGUGGGCCCUAAGGACCUUUAAUUGUUUAAAGCUAGCGAAGUCACAUAUCAACAUAGGAGGCCCUGGAUGGAAAGGCACAUCAUUGAAUGAGGAGGAGAGAUUACUUUUACAGAGGUUUGGACCUAAUCAAGAAUUGGAUAGUGUCGGUUUUUUUAUUGCAUGUUUUGUAAAACAACUGGAACAAUUAAAUUGAGACCUCCACACAU